AUGGAUAUCCUAAGCGAUGAUCUCCGUGCUCGAUCAUUCCGCCUACUUGACGUAGAGAAGACUCUUUCCCAGCUGACCGUUGCCCAGAAAAUCUCGAUCUUAUCGGGAAGUGACAUGCUCAAUGCAUGGACGCUGCAUGGCAUCCGAGCUAAUGCAGGCAUCUCUUCCGCAGUGGCACACAACACUAGAUUCGGCAUUCCAUCCUAUUUUCUGAUGGACUUAACGGAGCCCGUGGCACCAAAUUCUUUGAAGGUAUUCGUUUUCCAUUACCAAUCACUUUCUGGGCUCAACGUGGGCUCAACGCAACUUGCAUCGCGUCGGGAAGGUGUCCCUGCGUCCUGCUUCCCCGUCGGAACGGGUCUCGGUGCAUCCUGGGAUCAUACAUUACUUUAUGUUGUCGGGAAAACGUUAGCUGUUGAGUCAAAGGCAAAGGGAGCGCAUGUCCAACCGUCAACAUCCAACGUUCCCCACUCAGUGGAAGGCGAUUUGAGAGUUACAGCGAGGACCCUUUUCUCAGCGAAUCACUUGCCCGCGUGUUCAUUGAAGGCUGUGAAUGACCAGGAAUUUGAGACUUACACCCCAAGUGUUUCCCAGCCAACAUGUCUACCAGGACACUCCGAGAAAUACAUCUCCGUCCAUUCGGACUCACGAUCAGGGCACCAAAAUCCGCCGUGGGCCAUAAUGACAGGUGGAUCGGUAAUGAGUGAUGGGAAUGGCACAUACUCUAUCACGGAAUCGAUCCGAGCUGGAUUAGACUUGGAGGUGCCCGGCCCCACUGUGGUUCGAGGCGCCGCCUUGAAUGCGGCUUUUCGUUCUAGGAAGGUCUCCGAACAAAAUAUCGAUGACAAGCCAAGUGGUGUCCCAGAAGACGCCCCUGAGAAGUCAAACGACGAUCCAGAGGUAAAGAAAAUCCUUCGAGAAGCUGCUUCCUCUGCGGUCGUUUUGCUUAAGAACGAGGCAAAUGUUCUUCCUUUGGAUCCUUCUGUUGUCAAAUCCGUUGGCGUCAUCAGCCCAAACGCAAAAAAUGCGGUUAUCUCUGGUGGGGGCUCCGCAGCACUUCAUGGGUGUCCAGCAUCAAGUUACACUGUUACACCGUUUGAUGCCAUUGCCGAUGCGGCAAGGGAGCGUGGCAUAAAUGAAGUCCAGUUCGUUCUCGGAGGAACCGCCCACAAGUAUGCGUCAGUUAUCGGUUGGGGACUCAGAGCAGCCGACGCUCGCGUUGCUGGUUGGAAGCUAAAAUUUCCUCCUGAAGCCACAUCCCAGGCGAGUCCGUCGUCAACACUCCAGCGACUGCCAAAGGAACUCGAGGGCUUUACGAAGACGGCGGUUCUUCAACUCAGGGGAUCUGAGGAUGUUUCUAUUGGGCUGGAUCACCUGGCCUUUGGAUUUUUCAACGACCAGGAGGAUAUGAAUCGCUGGGUUGCCGAGGAGGACGAAUUCAAAGUCUUUGUAGGGCCUACUCUCGAUGACGUCGUUCAGUCUUGA